CACUGUUUGUGUUUAAACUUGAAGAACCAGAUUAUGUCUCUACAUUGAGUAAUGUGUGCUUACUGUUAAUAGUUAGUGAGCAAUAGGUGGCAUGUGGCUUGCUGACUCAAUUGGCUUGUCUCCACAACACACUAUCUUUCAGAAUGAUGUUGUAAGACAUACAGCGGUAAAAAAACUACUAUCGCCAGUGCAAGCAAGAAGAGAAAUGUGAGUGGUAAUUCUGAGAUCAUCAAGAUAAGAGAAAAUGGAAAUGAAAUUUUUUAUCUUUCUGCUAUUUGGUGGAUUCAUGGUCACCACAUUAACACAGCGGCAACAAACCCAAUUUAACUCUGAAUAUAGGAAAGAUCUGCCUCAAAAUUUCAGUUUGGGUUCACACUCUGCUGAAGUCACACCUGUACAAUUGGAAGAAGCAGAAUCAAUCCCUGACCUACAAACAACCUACAUGUUAACAGAAAAGAACAGUGAAUUUGGUUUUAACCUCUACAGGAAAAUAGCAAAUCUACAUGAAGAUAAUGUAUUUUUUUCACCUAAUUCUAUCUCCACAACUUUUGCCAUGCUGUCUCUUGGUGCUAAAGGAGAAACUCGUAACAACAUACUCCAAGGUCUCAACAUAGUGAAUUUUGCCAAUAGCAGCAACAAGUAUCAACUGCACAGGUUGUUCCAGUGGCUUCACAGCAACAUCACCAGCAACAAAGAUUUGCUUAUCUCUCAGGGAAAUUCUCUGUUUAUACAGAAUGAUCUUGAACUGAAACAAACAUUCAUCAAUGAUCUUUCCCAUUUUUAUAAUGCUGAUAUUACACCAGUAAACUUUCAAGACACAGUCAAUACCAAAGAUAUUAUUAACCAAUAUAUUCGCAACAGAACAAGUGGAAAAAUCAACGAGUUAUUAGACUCUGUGGAUGCUGGAGCCAGACUUAUGUUUAUUAAUUACAACUUAUUCAAAGGGAAGUGGAAGUCUCCAUUUGAUCCAAACUUGACAGUAGAUGGAAUAUUCUAUGUAAACGCAUACACUAGAGUUAAAGUUCCAAUGAUGUACAAAGAAGGUUCAUUUUUGUUAACAUAUGACAACAACCAUUCGUGUACAGUUUUGAAGCUUCCAUACAAGGGAAGUGCAAGCAUGUUGGUGGUGAUGCCAACAGAUGCUGGGUAUCAACUUCUGGAAGAUGAACUAUCAGCAGAAUUGAUUGGCCAGUGGAUUGAAGCCUUGAGAGUCAAGCGCAUAGAUUUAUAUUUUCCAAGAUUUAAAUUGGACAAGUCAUAUAAGAUGGAAAAGAAGUUAAGACAAUUGGGAAUGACCAGGCCUUUCACAAAUUCUGCUGAUUUAUCUGGAAUCUCCUCAUCAUACCUGUUGAAGAUUUCUGAGGUUAUUCACAAAGCAGUGAUUAACGUGGACGAGAAAGGAACAGAAGCUGCAGCUGUCACUGGAACUUUUGCGCUUCCUUAUUCACUACCACCUGUCAUAAAAAUAGACCACCCUUUUCUCUUUAUGAUUCAUGAAGAUAUAACAAAAACUUUACUCUUUAUAGGAAGGGUGAAAGAUCCCACUAAACUGUAAGGGAUCUUUUGAAUAAAAAUAAUCAUUUACAUUUUAAUUUGUGCUGAUACUUAACUAAAACCCUAAUUAUCAUUGUCGUAAGUUUUACAUUUGUCAAUUAUUUAUUUAACAUUGACAAAUAAUCAUGUGCAUCUUAACUGAGCAAAAGUAUAUUUUAAAAAACAUGCAAUUACAAGUGAUCCUGCAAUAUUAUUGUUUGUGUUUACUCGAAGAACAUUUACCAUUUCAAAUCAGAUGAAAAAGCAUUAUUAAAAUAUCCAUCUGCAAUUUUGUAUAAAUCUAUAUACUGUAUUCCUUAUAUUUAAGGUUAAGUUACAUUAUUACCAAUAGUUUCAUUGGUUGGUCUUUGUAAUAUUGUGGAACAAUGUCAUGUGUAAGAAGAUUUGAUCUUUGCAAUUUGAUUUUUGUAUCAUGAAUGCAUGAUCAGAAACCCUGACCAUGUUCACAAUUUAGUGUUAUACUAGUGAAUUGUUUUUACAGCCUUGCUUGUCAAAGUGACAGAUUAAAUCUAUCUCAUAAUACCAUCAUUAUUUUCCAAGUUACCAAUAAAUGUCUCCAGAAGCAUGAAGGAAGUUUGACUUGUGUUGAUUCAGAUGGCAGUAUAGAAAUUUAUUGUGCAAACAACUGUAAUUUGGAAGAUCCAUUGCCAAAUAAUCCAAAUUUGUUAAGAUUAGCAAUCUUUCUAAUACUUGAUGUUAACUUCAUAUUCCUUUUAAGUACAGAUGCAAUUUUAUUAAGUUUAGAUUCAAGAAAGGGAAAGGAAUCCUAGGGAUAAGAGAGCACAGAUUUAACCGAGAUGGCUUGUUUCCAUGUUUUAACUUCUCUAAAAUUCUACAUAAAGAAUUCACAUGUAUGAAUGACUAGUUGCCAAUCAAGAAUUACAUAUGAUGGCUCUGGAUAGGAAUGAUUUCUUAUGAACUGUGAUUGGCUUAUAUUAGCACAAUUAACAUAAAGUCCCAAUCAAUUUUCCAGAUGUGAAACGGUUAUACAAUUUUAAUAUUUGAAAUAAAAUCAUCUUUUCUCAAAUU